GGCGUCGGCCGGGCACGGAAUUGCUACCAGGAUUGUCGCUGACCAAAGCGCUUGCGCUGGUUAUGGGCGUAUGGGUGACGUGCACGCUCAUCAUGUUCCACCAGCACUCCUUCGUGGCUGUCUCUCGAUUCGAUUAUAGCGACCAGGUCCUUUCCUCCCUUCCGAUGCAUGCUCUAAAAGUUAGCCACAUCGCGGAAAUUAUCACCCACGCGGCGCAGUCGGUAUCCUUUGUCCCUAUUGAAGACGAUCCGAAGCGGCCCUAUGCCCUGGUUCUCGUUGCGAACUACUUCGGCAGCAGCGGUCUCUUCCUCCUCCGCCCUAACGCACGGCGCCCUGUGCAACCGCUGGCUAUCCUGCAGACGGAGUGCGGGCACAGCUGGGCGGUUUGGCGGCAGGGCGGCCGCCGCUGGGCAGCGGUGGCCAACUAUUGUAGCAAG